AUGUCAAUCAGUUCAGAACCAUCAAACGAUAAAACACAAUAUUCAAAUCAUAGUAAUAUUACACUGCCAGUACAAGCCAUAUCAUAUGCUGGUGAAGGAGAUGAAUAUGUUAUAUUAAAUAAUAAAAAAUAUUAUCGUCAUGAAUUAAUGACAGCAUUUUUGGGUACUUUUAAUCCUGGUUAUGCACCUUAUCCAAAACAUGAAUUUGGUAAUGCUUCAGCUCUUGGUUUAGCAAGUUUUGCUCUUUCAGCAUUUGUAUUAGGAUUAUAUUAUGCUGGUGCCAAAGGAAUAUCUACUCCUAAUGUUAUUGUUUCCCUUGCUGUGUUUUAUGGUGGAUUAGCUGAAUUUUUAGCUGGUGUUUGGGAAUUUUUCAAUGGUAAUACUUUUGCCUUUACGGUUUUUUGUAGUUAUGGAGCAUUUUGGAUCACUUUUGGUUGUAUGAAUGUUCCAUCAUUUGCUAUACUUUCAGCUUAUGAUGAAGAUCCUAUCAUGUUAGGUAAUGCCCUUGGGUUUUUCUUGAUUGGUUGGGGGUUAUUUACAUUCUUGAUGUUAUUAUUAACUUUUAAAGCUACCGUUGUAUUUGUUUUGUUAUUUACAACUUUAGAUAUAGGUUUUUUUAUAUUGGCAGCAGCAAAUAUGACUGGUAAUACCACAUGUACUAAAGUUGGUGGUAUUUUUGUUGUGAUUAGUUCUAUCUGUGGUUGGUACGGUAUGAUUUCUGGUAUGGCAGAUAGAUUCAAUUCAUAUUUCACUGUUCAUCCACUUCCAAUUCCUCAAUUUGGAAAGAAAGUUUGA